AUGGCCAAUAGUCGACCUGUAUCAGUUUUAAGCGAAUCGAAUAGUGUACCUGACGAAGCAAAUAUAAAUGGAUUGAAAAAUAAUCCACAAAAUAAAGAAACAAGUUCCGCACGUUCCUCGAUUCAAAAGUCUCCGAUGAAUAAUAUUCGUAAUGCAAAUUCAUCUUCGUCAUCAAUUGAUAGUGCUGGUGCUAAAAAUACAAUAUUUACUGAGAAUAAAACUUCAACACUAACUAAUUCCAAUACAAUAGUAUCUUGGACAACAACUGAUAGCGAUUUAGAAAGCGAACAAGAUGGACGUUCUAAUAAUGAUAAUAAUUCAUUAGAAUCGAAUAGUCUUAAAAAACAAAUACAACGACCACAAACAUUAUCAAGACGUGAUAAUGGUCAACAAAAAAAUGAAACUAAUUCUCAAGAACAAUUAUCCCGACGUGCAAAACAUUUUCAAAAAUUAUUUAGAUCUGAAAUUCAUGACGAUAUGCCAGAAUUGAUUGAUUCUUAUGUUUGUGCAUAUCAAGGUGAUAUUUUACUACAAGGGAAAAUGUAUAUUACUGAUCGCUAUCUUUGUUUCCACUCCCGUAUUAUAUCGUAUGUAACUAAACAUGUUUAUCGUUGGGAACAAAUUGAAAAUAUUACUAAAGAACGUGUAGCAUUCAUAUUUCCAACAGCUAUUGGUAUUCAAUUGAGACAUUCAGGAAAAAAAAUCAUUUAUGCAUCAUUUCUUCAACGUGAUCAAGCUUUCGAUAAAAUAGUUUCCAUGUGUUCACGGUUCAAUAAUGAUAUAAACUCAUUACAAAAUGAUGAUGACAACCGUCUAAUGCAAGAUGGCACACUAAAAGCCAUAAAUAGUAAUUAUAGUUUUAACGAAAAAAUCAAAAAAUCAAAACGUGAUAUUCCUUUUGAUAUGACUGAAGGACCAGAACAAGAAGAUGUUUUACAAAUGUGUUUAGGAUCCAACGCAACAAAUAAUAAUAAUAAUAACAGUAAUGUUAAAUGGCGACCACAAUCUAGUACAUCGAAAAUAUCUGAUAAUAAACAACAGUCGAAACAGUCAAAAAAUUUAUUUAAUUCAGACAAAAAGAAACAAUUUAAAAAUUCAUCUCUGAAUCCGACUGUACCGAAGAAUUUAAACGAAAGUAUUCCUGAUAAUAAUGAAUUAAAUAGAAAUUCAAGUAGCAGUAAUACUCAAGAAAAAGAAGCUGAUGCAUCUCUAACUGAUAAUCCUGUAGUAUUUCGUCAUCCACGGAAUGCACCAUUAAGAUCUAAUCGGAGUCGUAGUCGUAGUCGUGACCGAACACUAUCUCCAGCUACUCGAACAUCAUCAAAUAUGUUAAAUUCAAUCUCAUCAAUAAGUUCAAUCACAACUCCUGAUUCUUCGAUAAUCAAUUCGGAUACUGAUGGAAUAGCUGGAAAAUAUAGUCGGAUCAUAAUUUUAUCCCUUAUAUCCAUUGUAAAACUUAUUAUGGCAUAUUUAUUACUAUUGUUUAAUCGAUUUAAAACCUAUCCAAUUAAAACAUCACUAAUACUCUUAAUAUGUAUAACCAUUUUAAUUUCCCAUUCAUUUUAUUUAAUUAACUUAGCAUAUCGAAUAGAAAAUCGUUUACAAUCAUUACAUAAUAUAUGGCCAUCACCAUUAGCAUCAUCAUCAUCAUCAGCGGCGAGAAAUUCUCGACACCAAUAA